AUGCCCCCUGGUGAGCCUCCGGACAUCAGGAUCAGCCCCAACGUCCUCGCGUUUCGCCAGGCGCUCUUCAACCUCUCGCUGUCUCCCACUUCGACGCCCUCCUUGCAUUCUCGAUGGACGCGCCGUUUCAAGUGGUGCAUGAUCUGCUCAAAAGCCUGCCCUGCUGCCGCGGCCGACAGUACACCCUCUAUCACCGGCGGCACCUCAGAGCGCCACCAGCACACCGUCGUCGACCUCUUCGUGCGCAGGUUCGGGCCGCCGCUCGACACGCUCGAGCUGUCAUUCCUCGCGAGCGCGUAUCACCUGUGCAACGCUCCAAUGACGCUUUCCACGCUUUUCGACGAGCACCACGGACGCUCUUCAUUGGCGACGCUCCGCAUGCUGGACCUCGUCGACGUCGCCCUCGCGUGGCUGGAGAUUCCGCGCAAGAUCUCCGAUGCCCUCUGUGGAGACAUGAUCGUCGUGUGGCCGCGCCUCCGGGCAAUGCGCCUCGGGUGUACGGAGCCCGUGCUGGAGCCACCGCCAUCCACGGCCACGCUGCGUGGUCUGCGCUACUUCGCGGAACCGCCGAUCGCCAUGAAACUAUCGUUCUGCCGAGAGCCCACUCCGGAUGACUUCACACGCUGGCACAAACAUUCCCCGCGUGUUCGUUGUAUUCACAGCCAAGAUCCGCGCAAGGUCGUCGAACGCCUCGCAUGCAACGUUUACGAUAUGCUGCAGGCCCGCUGCCCGAAACCAUGCCUCCCGAGCCUCUGCUCGCUCUCCUGCCCCGAGGGGCCGCUUUCCCCUAACAACGGUGUCCUUCUGCCCGUCAGCUUUUACUUCUCGCGGUCUCUGCAAGCGGUGAAACUCGACCUGGUUGACCAUCCCGACUUCGACCACCUGCGCGACGUCAUCAGGGACUUGGCUAUGCUAGCUCCGCACGUAGAGAGCCUCAAGCUCUCUGAACGCUCUACAGAUCAGCUGCAUAGUCUGCGGGGCAUUGAGAUUGCACAGCUCUCUCGUCUGACCAGCUUCAUCGGGCAUGGAGUGUCCAUUGCAUUCGACGCAUUGCUCGCUCUCGGGAGGCUUCCGUAUGUCCGGACGGUCUAUAUCCAACCACGCGCAGAACCCAGCGACUGGAAUGAACUCUCCCGCGAACCGCACGGGGGGUUUUUCGCCGCGCUCCAAGAACUCGACCUAGUAGCGAUGAGGCCCAUGAACGACACCCACGAAUAUUGUCUCACGCUCCUCAAGACCAUCACCCCCACGUCUCUGCACUCCGUCACACUGUAUUUGCGCAGGCCAGAGAAUAACGAAACUGAGGCGCUCUUCACCAGCUUCUCCGUGGCCCUCGGCGGCCUGACCUGCCCCGGCACUCUCCAGCAUAUCACGAUCUUCCUGGGCAACCAAGACCAUGCGGACCACAGCAUCAUCCUCCACUCCCCGUGUUUCAAGCCGUUGCUCGCCCUGCACGCGCUCCGGUCGCUCCGCGUCCAGCAAGGCGCAAAAGUCGUUGUGGACGACUCCAUGCUCGACGCGAUGUCACGCGCGUGGCCCGCCCUCCACACGCUCGAGUUCGAGUGGCCGCGUCCCCGCUGGCGCCGCUUCAGGGGAGCCACGCACCAAUUGCCCCCCGGCACUGACGCCCCAGAUCGCCCCCGGGCGACCCUCGCGGGCCUCGUCCCGCUCGUGCGGCGCUGCGCGGAUCUACGGGAGCUUGCAGUCGCGGUCGACAUGCGCAGCGCCGUGCCGGACUUCGACGGGCUGGGGCACCCGCCCGUCCCCCUGCAGGGCGGUGCAGGGUGCAAGGUGAGGCGAUUGCAGACGUGUGGGUGGUUAGUUGGGGACGACGUGUUCGCGGUCGCGUCUUUUUUGUCACUUGUGUUCCCGGAGCUGUCUCAUAUCGAGUGGUCCCCGCCAGGGUCGUGGGCUUGGCGGAGGUUUGAAGUAACGUACAGGAGGCUUGUCGUGGUGCGCACGCAAGAGAGAAAGUGGGCGCUGCGUAAUGGCAAGGACCACAAGCAGCCGGUGUUGUUGUAG